AUGGAUAAGAAAAUGCGGCUUCUCCUCACGGCUCCGCUCCCCGCCACGCUUUUCUGUAUCUUGCUCACCACCUCCAGAGCGGCGGACUGCACAGCCGGAAACGAGGGCGACGCAAUCACCGUCGACCUGUUCGGCCGCGGGCAUUUCACCUCAGUCCAGAAGGCUAUCGACUCCAUUCCCUCGGGCAACAGCAAGUGGAUUACCAUCCGAGUAAAUCCCGGGACAUAUAAGUAUCGUCUUCCUCCGUGCUUGGAGCUGGUAACCAUCCCGCUGGAAAAGCCGUGCAUUUUCCUUCAAGGAAAGGGCCGUCAUUUGACGACAAUAGUGUUCGAUUCUCAUCAACAAACAGACACGAGUGCUACUUUCACUUCCAACCCGGACAACAUCGUCGUCCAAGGCAUUACUUUUGAGAAUUCGUUCAACCGGUACUGGAAACAGACCGAUGAGCCGCCCAUAGUUCAAGCGUUGGCGGCAAGGGUAUACGGAGAUAAGUGCGUGUUCUUGCAAUGCGGAUUCUUGGGGGUGCAAGAUACGGUGUGGGACGUGCAGGGCCGGCAUUUGUACGACUCGUGCUACAUCGAGGGUGCGGACUGCAACAUGAACGUUACGGUUGGUUUGCCGCCCUACAAUCUUCCAGAUGGUUUCGUCACAGCUCAGGGUCGAGAAUCGCCGGACGACCGGAGUGGGUUCUUUUUCGAACGGGGUGCCGUCUUCGGGGUUGGUAAGUUCCUCCUGGGGAGGGCGUACCGUCGUUACUCCACGGUCGUGUUCCACAAGACGAAGCUGGCGGCUGGCGUGGCUCCUGAAGGUUGGGAUGCUUGGACUUAUAAGGGACACGAGGACUUCAUCACGUACGCCGAGGUGGAUUGCGAAGGAAGAGGCUCGGACACUUCGAAGAGAGUCCCGUGGGAGAGGCAUCUCACCCCGGAGCAGAUGCGAUACUUCUCAAGAAAAAACUUCAUUGAUCAGGAAGGAUGGCUCGGCAAGACUCCAGUAGCGAAAAUGCUUUAA